AUGCAUCAUCAACAGUAUGUAAGUUCAUUAGCUGGUUCAUCAUCGUCAUCAACUGGUGGAUCUCCAACAACAGCUGCACAAGUUCAAGCAGCAGCAGCGGCUGCUGCUGCAGCUAAUAUACCAUUAAUAGCAUCAAUAGCCAAUGUUAAAGAUUCACGUUGGCUUACACUUGAAGUAUGCCGUGAAUAUCAACGUGGAAAAUGUACCCGGUCCGAACAAGAAUGUAAAUUUGCUCAUCCACCAACACAUGUUGAAGUUAAUAGUGGCAAAGUUAUCGCUUGCUUUGAUUCACUUAAGGGCAAAUGCAAUCGUACUAAUCCACCAUGUAAAUAUCUUCAUCCGCCUCAACAUUUACGCGAUAUUUUACUUCAAAACGGACGCAACAAUCUUAUUCUUCGUAGUAUUGCUAUGAAUAUUGCUGCGAAUCAAACUAUUUAUCCACAAACGGCAGCUCAUUUGCCAUAUCCCAACGGUGCUAUUAUUCAGAGUCCUAUACAACAACCUACUUCACUUCCAUCUUAUCAUCAUCUUGGACCAACAGCUCCGGGUCAAUCAGCAUUAUUAUUCAAUCCAGCUGGUCAAGCGUUUAGCAUUCCUUUACAUGCAGCUCAUUUACAACAAUUAUCACAAGCUACACCUGCUACACCUAUGUUUAGUUCAGAUGGUGCGCAAUAUUUUCAACCGGUGACACAAUUAACAGCACAAGGAACUGGACAAAAACCAGCACGUACUGAUCGUCUUGAAGUAUAUCCGAACAGCAAUUCCAAUCAUGAUGCCUUAAAGGUAUGCUCAGAUUUUCAGCAUGGUCAAUGUUUAAAUACAGCUGAUACAUGUCCUUUUGCACAUCCUCAAACACAUUGUCCACUUGAUACAGAUGGUCUUGUUAUUGUUUGUGUUGAUUAUGUUAAAGGAAAAUGUAUUCGUGAAACAUGCAAAUAUUUUCAUCCACCUGAACAUCUUGUUGCACAAUUAAAAGCUGUUAAAGCACAAUCAGCAGCAGUUGCUGCACACGUUUAUUCUAAUACAGCAGCAACUGCUAUUCAAUAUUCACCAUCAACUUUACAAUUUGUUCAUCCUGUUACAUUGAACAGUAGUCAGCCUAUAUUGGCUGCACCACAUACUACUACUACUUAUGCCUAUCCUCAACGAACAUCUACAGCACCUGCUUGUUCCUCGCCAUUGCAACAACAAAAUACUCAUGAAGAUGAUGGAGUAUAUGCAAAUGGUUUUGUUUCACAAUAUCAACCAUAUCCUGGAGCUGCAAUACAAACAAUAUAUACACAAUCUUCAUCAGUUGAUUUAAAAGAUUCACAAUUAAUUAAUUCGACUAAUGGUGAUACCAUCGGUCGUAAUGGUUCAUCAUCGUCUUCAUCAUCAUCAUCAACAGGUGUUAAGGCAGUGAUCGAUCCUGUCAGCAGCAGCAGCAGCAUCACACCGCAGACAAAAAAACGACCGCUUGAAGACGAUACUGCUACUACCGGUGCCUACCUGCAGCUGCCGCCUGGAACACAACUUAUUGCUGCUCCACCUCAUUAUGUUCAACAACAGUCUCAACAACAACAACAACAACAACAACAACAACAAGCAGCUUUAGUCGUACAACAUCAACAUCAACAUCAACAUCAACAAAAACGUUCAGCUAUUGCUGAUCCUAAAACUGGUAUACCAAUGGCUGCAUAUCCAUUAACAGCAUUUUCUUAUCCAUCACCAUCACCAUUACCAAUACAAUUUCAACAACAAUAUUUAACUGCUGUUCCUAUGACUUUUACUGGAUAUACUUCCCAUUUGCCGAGACUUUAA